CAAGGGCGCACCCGCUACAAAGACUCUCCUCCUGCCAGCGCGCGGCAGUACUGUUCAAUCCAUUCAGGCGCGGAUUUCCCAGUCACUCGCCGUCUUAAUUCCCUUUCUUUACCCGCCUUCACUGUAUAAUACCCCAAUCCCGAGUCACUUAUUGUAGCCCCUCCCCCAUCCAUCAUUUAGCUUAGGCCACCGCUGCCAUGUCAACCCUCCUCCGACAAUCAGGCAACCUCGCCCGCCUUUCCCGACCCUACUUCAACGCUGCCGUCACAAGAGCACCACGCACAUUACGGAUACGCGCACCACUGCCACAAUGUAUAUACACCCAGCAACGCGCCCGGAGAUUUGCGACAGGACCGCCAGAGGAGCCAAAGAACAAGAAGGACGAUGACUCGGCACAGAAGGAUGGUCAUUCUGAGAGACCUGGUUCUAAUGAACCUUCGAGAACAGAUAAGGACAGCCAAGGACAGCCUCAGAUGGCUAAACUGACCCCAGAGGAGGAAAAGAUGCUGGAUCAGCUGGUGUCAUUUGUGUCCAUGGGCGUCCCGAAGGCUCAGAAGCAGAAUAUCAAGGACGCAAUGGAGGAAAUCAAGCGAAACGGCAUACCACCCGAGCUCCGCCUAGAGAUGGACAAGUUAGAAAGAGGCGAGAAGCUGGAUCUGGCCACAGCGGCGAAGAUCUCGCGCUUAACCACCAACAUGGCCCGCAAGGCUGCCGAGCAGCAAAAGUUCAACAAUGAUAACCCACAAGAGCCACAACAAAAGUCGGGUGCACACGACCCAGGCCCAGGCAAGGGCUCCAAGGGUGGUGCUGGUGGACCACCCGGACCCCAAUUUGGCGGCGGUAUGGACACAAACACCCUACUUAUCAGUGCUUUCCUCGCAUACCUUACCUACAAGAUGGUUUUCCCGGGCGAAAACACCAAAGAGAUUACAUGGCAGGAGUUCCGAACUACCUUCUUAGACAAGGGGCUGGUUGAGAAGAUUGUCAUUCUCAACGGCAAUAAGGCAAAGGUGCACCUACAUCGCGAGGCUGUUGCUUCCAUGUACCCCGACUCUCCCUCUGUUAACCAGAACUUCUACUACUACUUCACCAUUGGCUCGGUCGAGGCUUUUGAACGCAAAAUGGACGAUGCUCAAUAUGAACUUGGUAUCCCCAGCUCUGAGCGCAUCCCUGUCGCCUACUCGAACGAAAUAUCCUGGUUUGGCACUUUCUUGUCAUUCGGCCCUACCAUUCUCCUUCUUGGAGCACUCUUCUACUUUACAAGGCGUGCAGGAGGCGGUGCAGGAGGAGGCGGUGGUGUCUUUGGUAUGGGCAAGAGCCGCGCUAAGAAGUUCAACCAUGAGACGGACGUCAAGGUCAAGUUUAGUGACGUUGCUGGCAUGGAUGAGGCCAAGCAGGAGAUUAUGGAGUUUGUCUCCUUUCUCAAGGAUCCCGGCCGAUUCCAGAAGCUCGGUGCAAAGAUCCCUCGUGGUGCCAUUCUCUCUGGAUCCCCGGGUACUGGUAAGACACUUCUUGCCAAGGCUACCGCUGGAGAGUCGGGUGUACCCUUCUUCAGUGUCAGUGGAUCAGAGUUCGUCGAGAUGUUCGUAGGUGUUGGUGCUUCGCGAGUCAGAGACCUGUUUGCCAAUGCGCGUAAGAGCACACCAUGCAUCAUUUUCAUUGAUGAAAUCGAUGCCAUUGGUCGUGCUCGUUCGAAACAAAACUUUGGUGGUGGUAACGACGAGCGUGAAGCCACCCUCAAUCAGAUCCUCACUGAGAUGGAUGGUUUCAAUACCACUGAGCAAGUAGUUGUCCUUGCAGGUACCAAUCGACCGGACGUUCUGGAUAAGGCCCUUAUGCGACCGGGUCGUUUCGAUAGGCAUAUCAACAUUGACAAGCCCACUAUGGACGGCCGUGGCCAGAUCUUCGGUGUCCAUCUGAAGAAGAUUGUCACCAAGGAAGACAUGGAGUUCCUGAAGGGCAGGCUAGCAGCUUUGACACCAGGCUUUUCUGGUGCUGACAUUGCCAACUGCGUCAACGAAGCUGCUUUGAUUGCCGCCCGUGCGAACGCGGAGACUGUCGCCAUGGUGCAUUUCGAACAGGCCAUUGAGCGAGUCAUUGGUGGUCUUGAGAAGAAGUCUCUGGUCCUUAAGCCCGAAGAGAAGAAGACUGUCGCUUACCACGAAGCUGGCCACGCUAUCUGCGGUUGGUACUUCAAGUGGGCGGACCCUCUUCUCAAGGUCUCCAUUAUCCCCCGUGGCCAAGGUGCACUAGGCUAUGCCCAAUAUCUUCCUAAUGGUGACACUUACCUUAUGAACGUAAAUCAGCUCAUGGACCGUAUGGCGAUGACACUCGGCGGACGUGUUUCUGAAGAACUCCAUUUCGACACCGUCACAUCCGGUGCGUCUGACGAUUUCCGCAAGGUCACCCAGAUGGCCACUGCAAUGGUCAGCAAAUGGGGUAUGAGCAAGAAGAUCGGCUACAUCUACUUUGAAGAUGGCGAGGGCCAGCAACUCACCAAGCCCUUCUCAGAAGACACAGCCAAGAACAUCGACAUGGAAGUCAAGCGCAUCGUAGAUGAGGCCUACAAGCAAUGCAAAGACUUGCUCACAGAGAAGAAGCACGAAGUAGGCUUGGUCGCUGAAGAGCUGCUAAGGAAGGAAAUGCUCGGCCGUGAGGACAUGAUCAGGCUGCUUGGUCCCCGACCCUUCGAAGACAGCCAAGAUUUCCACAAAUACUUCUCGGGCGAGUACGGCAAAGCGCCUGGAUACAUAGAACCAAAGGGUGACGACGGCGUCAAGGGUCCUCUUGUACCACCCAGCCCAGCCACAUUCAAGGAUCUGGACAACAGUAGGUGAUGAAAAUGUAGUUCAUUUCUUUGAUUUUUCCUUCCACUACGAUAUGAAGGCAUGUGUUUAUAGGCAUGGGCGAGCUAGGGCAUUUGCUAGGACAAUCCCCGGGGGGGGGGGGUAUUCCAUUCCACUCUUGAACGAGUUCCAUGUGUAGGGCUACUAUCUUAGCCUCUUUUUUGCAUUGUAAGAAACGCAUCACUGUACGAUUAGUAGAGUACUUUUCUUGGAUUCUAGGGUCGGUGAUGAGGACGAGAGAUCGAAGAAGAAGAAGAGAAAUCACCAAUCAAAUAUUAACGAACUGU